UACUGCUGGUUUCACUGAUUUUAAAGGCCAAAAAGUAGUGUUCAUGUGUGUUUAACAACACGAGUGACAUUAACUGUGUUAUCUGGUCUAUAAAAGGAAUUCUGCUUUAUCUAUUAUACUUUUGUUUUCUAUCUGGUAUUGUCUUAAAUUAUGCUAACCGUUGCAUGCUAGCAAGUAACGUUAGAGGCUAACCUAAUGACAAGUGACGGGUAGCAGAGCCUCUCGAUGCAGACCAUAAAGUGUGUGGUGGUGGGCGAUGGUGCCGUGGGGAAGACCUGUCUGCUGAUCUCCUACACCACCAACAAGUUCCCCUCAGAAUAUGUGCCCACGGUAUUUGAUAACUAUGCCGUGACGGUAAUGAUCGGUGGGGAGCCGUAUACUCUUGGUCUGUUUGACACUGCAGGUCAAGAGGACUAUGACAGGCUGCGGCCCCUAAGCUAUCCCCAGACUGACGUCUUCCUUGUCUGUUUCUCUGUCGUGUCACCCUCCUCCUUUGAGAACGUUCGGGAGAAGUGGGUCCCAGAAAUCUCGCACCACUGUCCCCGGACUCCGUUCCUGCUGGUUGGUACCCAGGUGGACUUGAGGGACGACAGCAACACCGUGGAGAAACUGGCUAAGAACAAGCAGCGCCCCAUAUCGCCCGAGGGCGGGGACAAGCUGGCGCGAGACCUGCGGGCCGUCAAAUUCGUGGAGUGCUCUGCCCUCACCCAGAGAGGCCUGAAGAAUGUGUUUGAUGAGGCCAUCCUGGCCGCCCUGGAGCCCCCAGAAACCAAGCCCAAGAAGCGCUGCACACUGUUGUAGACAGAGCCAGGUAGAGAUAGAGAGAAACAGGGACAGGAAUGUGGACCAUCGGAACAGGUAGACCACGUAGAAAAGAGGAGGGCAAGAAAAGAGGGAGGGAAUGAGAUAGACCCUUUUUUCUUUUUUUUCAUCCAGUGCCUUGAGUAACCGAACUAAGAGAGUGAGGUGUUUUUGUGUGCCAGCUACCCAGUUUGCUCUUUGUCACUAACUGCCUAGUCUUUUUCAGAGAUAGCCUUAAAUAUACAGCAUCCGAGGAAAUGAAAACUUCUCCACAAAGAGCGUAAAGCACUAGGCAUGGCGGCGACGCUUCUUUGUCGUUUUUCCGCUAUUACUAACUUAAUCAGAACAGUCAGCUGUUAAAAUGCACAUCAUGAGCGCACGCAAGCACACACACCAGCAUCCCUUAACUAGGCCUAACUGGCGUGGUGAAAGUACAGAGAAACAAGCAAAAUGAAAAAAAAAAAGAGACGAUCAGUGAAGUGGGCGUAUUUUACUUGUGUGUCAGCUGCAACAACAAACUGGAACUCAAAAGUGCUUCUUACCUCCUCACUGCCUCCUGCAGGCAAUAAAAUGAACUGAACCUCUAUAUUCUUACGAUCGCUGUGGAGAAUUAUGGUGUAUUAAUAAUAACUUGAGUAUUGUUUUUAAACAGCGGGGAUGUUUUUUUUGCAAUUUGUUUUUUCAGACCUGAGUAUUUUUAUUGUUAUUUUUAAUAUUACUGAAUUGCUUCAUAUUGUGCCAAUAUUUUGAGUGCCACUCCAUUGCUGAGGUUUUUUUUUUCAUAACAAACUGUUCCACUCCAGUAAUCUAAUCGAUAUUUUGUUGUUAUGAUUAUUAAUGAGAAUGCAAUAAUGACUCUGUGACAAUGGUGACCUUGAGAAUUUUUGAGCAGGUGUUUGAAAUGGUGGAAUGUAUGUAAUAAAACAAUACUGUUUAACUGUA